AUGCCCCGGCACUUCCCACGCCUUAAUAUUUCGGAGGUGGAUGAGCAGGUCCGGCUCCUGGCAGAGAAGGUCUUCGCCAAAGUUCUGCGGGAAGAGGACAGCAAGGAUGCCUUCUCCCUGUUCACCGUUCCGGAGGAUUGUCCCAUCGGACAGAAAGAGGCCAAAGAGAGGGAACUGGAGAAAGAGAUCGCCGAGCAAAAGUCUGCCGAAACCGUGAAAAGGAAGAAGAGCUUCAAGAUCAUCAGGUCUCAGUCCCUCCACCUCCAGAUGCCAUCAGUUGACUGGAAGGCUCCCGCCACCAUCUCACCUCUCCCAUCACCAGUAACUCCUGUCCAACCUCCUCUGCCCGUCCUACGAGGCCCGAUACAGGCUGUUCAGGCUCCCUACGAAGUCCUGGACUUCCAGCGAGUGACCAUUAGUGGAGUGACAGUUGAUGAUUAUGAGCAAGCUGCCAUCAAGCUCGCCAAAGCCCUGCUCAUACGAGAAAAAUACUCGCGGCUGGCGUACCAUCGAUUCCCCAGAACCACUGCUCAGUAUUUGUGUGCGGCAAACAAUGAAACCUGGAAAGAGGAAGACGAGGUGUACCCAGAGUUCAACCCUCCACCCGGGGACGAGGAUCCGUACAGCCUGGAGAACGUCCCGUCAAAUCUUCACUACGAGGUGAGAAUGAAGGGUGGGAUCCCCUACGUCUAUGACAACAAAGAGAUGGCUGAAGCUAAUGAGCCCCGCAGUCUGCCAUACCCCGACCUGGAGACCUACACACUGGACCUCAGCCACAUCCUGGCGCUCAUUGCCGACGGUCCCACAAAGACCUACUGCCACCGCAGGCUGAACUUCCUGGGCUCCAAGUUUCAACUCCAUGAGAUGUUGAACGAAAUGUCAGAACUGAAAGAGCUGAAAAGUGUGCCCCACCGCGAUUUUUAUAACGUCAGGAAGGUGGACACUCAUAUCCAUGCUGCAGCCUGUAUGAACCAGAAGCAUCUCCUGCGCUUCAUCAAACACACAUAUCGCACAGAGUCAGACCGGGUGGUGGCUGAGAAGAAUGGGCAGAAGAUGACCCUGAAGGAGCUAUUUGAUAGCCUUCACAUGGAUCCAUAUGACCUCACUGUUGACUCUCUGGAUGUGCAUGCGGGACGACAGACAUUUCAUCGUUUUGACAAGUUCAACGCCAAAUACAACCCCGUGGGAGCCAGCGAGCUGCGUGAUUUGUAUCUGAAGACGGAGAACUAUAUCGACGGGGAGUAUUUCGCCCGUAUUAUCAAGGAAGUGGGUCAGGAGUUGGAGGAGAGCAAGUACCAGUACACAGAGCCACGCUUAUCCAUCUACGGCCGUUCCCCGGAUGAAUGGAACUGCCUGGCCCGCUGGUUCAUCAAGCAAAAAGUGUACUCGCCCAACAUGCGAUGGAUGAUCCAGGUGCCCCGUAUCUUUGAUAUCUUCAGAUCGAAGAAACUCCUUCCCAACUUUGGCAAAAUGUUAGAAAAUAUUUUCCUCCCCUUGUUUGAGGCCACAAUCAAUCCCUCCGACCACAAGGAGCUUUACCUCUUCCUGAACUAUGUGACGGGAUUUGACAGCGUGGAUGAUGAAUCCAAACACAAUGAGCAUAUGUUCUCUUACAAGAGCCCCACCCCCGACCAGUGGACACAUGAGCAAAACCCACCAUAUAGCUACUACUUGUAUCAUAUGUAUGCCAACAUUAUGAUCCUCAACAACCUGCGCAAAGAGAGAGGGAUGAGCACUUUCCUGUUUCGACCUCAUUGCGGUGAAGCCGGCUCCAUCACCCAUCUGGUGUCAGCAUUUUUAACAGCGGACAACAUUUCCCACGGACUGAAUCUCAAGAAGAGCCCGGUGUUGCAGUACCUGUAUUACCUGGCACAGAUCCCCAUCGCCAUGUCGCCGCUCAGCAACAACAGCCUGUUUCUGGAAUAUUCCAAAAACCCGCUGCGAGAAUUCCUCCACAAAGGCCUCGUGGUGUCUUUGUCCACAGAUGACCCGAUGCAGUUCCACUAUACCAAGGAAGCGCUGAUGGAAGAAUACGCCAUCGCUGCCCAAGUAUGGAAGCUGAGCACCUGCGAUUUGUGCGAGAUUGCAAGGAACAGCGUCCUGCAGAGCGCGGCCUCUCCGACAAGGAGAAGAAGCAUUUCCUGGGAGCCAGUUACAUGAAGGAGGGUCCGGAGGGGAACAACAUCAGCCGCACCAACGUCGCCCAGAUCCGCAUGGCGUACCGAUACGAGACAUUAUGUAACGAGCUGAGCUUCUUAACGGACGCUAUGAACACCGCACACCUCCCACUGCCGUGAGCGGU